UCUAUCUUCCUCUAAACUCAUCAUAUCUAAGUCUAACCAAUAUUUCAGAUCUAAAAACUUCUUUCUCUUUUUCUAGUUCUCUACUAUUAAUGUUAUUAAAGUAAUUUUAUUUCUUCAUGGUCUACUAUAGUGAACGUGGAAGAGAAGAAAAAGGAUUGUAUCCGACGACUGUAAUUUCUUUGAUUAAUUAUAAUGAGAUUCGAGAUUCUUACAACUUCCAGAAUGUCGGCAUGUUCUAACAUCUGGAUGGGUCAUGACAAAAUUUAUAUUUAUCGGACUCAUUUUUAUCCCUAUUGGGAUUGCUGCACUGCACUGAUUGCUUCAAACAAUGUGGUUGAAGUUAGCUUGCAGUAUGAUGAUAUAUGCAUUCCACCUUCAUACGAAGAUGACGCAAUUGCAUAUAUCAAAGAUGAUAAGAUCGACAAAACUUGUAUCGAGAAAUUGAAUAUUCAAUUCGAGAUUCUUACGGCAAGAACUUCUGAAUGGCGACUUACUCUAACACCUGGAUGGGUGUAACUUCACACCAAACAUAUUGUAAAAAAAAAAAUUCAACAAAAUCACACAUUACUAUGCAACAAUCUUAGUAUUAAAAUAGUGUUAGAAUAUAAUAGUUAGUUUGUUAAUUAGAUUGUUAGUUAGUUAGUUAAUUUUCUACAAACAGAGCAAUCCAUGUAAUUAUUUAUCAUUGUUUAUCAAUUAAAUAUGAUUAA